AUGCGGAUACUCAUCUGCCAACUGCUUCCAGUCCUUUCCCUCGUCUCCUCCACCGCCGCCCUCACAAUCACUUCAACCAAUCCCGACUCGUUCAAGGCUGCAGCCACGACGGCUGCAGCCAACGCAGUAGCCUCUUACAAUGCCCGACAAAGUAAAGAUACUCCCGGUAAAUUCGACGGUACGUGGUGGGAAGGAGGCGCCUUUUUCAACUUUCUCAUCAACUACUGGCACUGGACCGGUGAUAGUCAAUACAACGAUAUAAUCACGGAGGGUAUGUCUUAUCAAGGAGGCAGCAACAAUGAUUUUUAUCCACAAAGUGUCCAGGGUUACAUUGGAAACGACGACCAAGAAUUUUGGGCCUUGGCUGCCAUGACUGCAGCUGAACAAAAAUUCCCGGAUAACCCUAAACCUGGGUCUAUAGGUUGGUUAGGUUUGGCGCAAGGUGCUUACAAUGACUUUGCUGCUCGUUGGGCGGUCGACAAUUCAUCGUGUGGUGGAGGUUUACGCUGGCAGUUGGUCCCAACACUGAGCGGCUAUGGAGCCAAAAACGCAAUUUCCAACGGCGCAUUUUUCCAGCUCGCAGCUCGUCUGUAUUGGUAUACGGGCAAUGAAACAUAUGCCAACAUGGCAGAGACAGUCUGGGAUUGGAGUGUGCAGUCAAAACUAUUCAACAACCAAACAUGGUAUAUCUGGGACAUGACGCUCAUCUCGGAGAAUUGCCAGGAUCCUAGUGGCAAACAAUGGAGCUACAAUUAUGGCUCUUAUGCUGCAGGUGCCGCAUACAUGUAUAACAAAACAAAAGCAAAUGCCAAAUGGAAGACUGGUCUCGAUGGGAUCCUUGGUAUGACAUAUUCAACAUUCUUCCCCGCGCAAUACGGCAGCAACACUAUGGCUGAGAUCGGCUGUGAUCCUUGGAAACAGUGUGAUCGCGAUCAACUCUGUUUCAAAGGCUUGUUAGCCAGCUGGCUCUCAACAAUCGCGCUGAUUGCGCCCUACACGCAACCGGAUAUCUUCGAAAAACUGAUGGCCUCGGCUGUUGGUGCUGGCCAAGGCUGUACAGAUACCCAGUGCGGCCAACAAUGGUAUGCCCAACAAUGGGAUGGCACCUCCGGAAUCGAGCAGGAUAUGUCGGCUCUCAGCGUAUUCGCCAAUGCGCUUGCGGCGUUCCCAUACAACGGCACCGCUGGACCCGUGAGCGCAGAUAACGGCGGUAACAGUACUGCAAACCCUACCGGUGGCGGCUCGUCUGGCGAGACCCAGAUCUCUCCACUGAAGGCCAUUACUGGUGGAGAUCGAGCAGGCGCAGCGAUAUUAACUCUCAUUUUUUGCGGUGGCUGGAUCGCCGCGGUGACGUGGUUGGUUCGUGCUGACAUUUUCUAG